AUGACUCUGUUCCUUCGUGUCAAUGACGCUUUAAAUGCAAAUCCCCCUUUCAGGCCGGAUGAGACUCUAUCUCUGGCAGGAUCCGAUUGGCUUUGGGCAGUUAUGGCAGUUCACUUGCUCGCAUUCCUCAUACUCCUAAUUUUCUGCUUCACCACCCCAGAGAGUGAUAGAGUUUUCCAUUACCUGUUCACCAUCACUCUCCUUGUUGGGACUGUGUCAUACUAUGCAGAGGCUUCUGAUCUAGGCUGGAGCACAGUCAAGCAAAUCGAUAAGCUCGACAACGGUUCUUCUCGCCAACUAUUUUACGCAAAGUAUAUAAAUUGGGCUGUCGCCUUCCCUUCUGUUAGCCUUGCGCUAGGCCUACUAUCCAACGUCUCUUGGACCACCAUCGUCACAAACAUAUUUGUGUCCUUCCUCUGGGUGGUAACUUACCUCGCCGCUGCCUACACUACAUCAAGCUAUAGGUGGGGCUUUUUCACUUUUGGGACUCUGUGCUGGAUCAUUCUCGCCAUGAGCACACUAAAUGAGAGCCGCGAAGCAGCGUCACGUAUUGGCCUUUCUCGGGACUACAUGAUACUUUCUACGCUAGCAAAUUUUUCCUGGGUGCUUUACCCUAUUGCUUUCGGACUUAGCGAUGGGGGCAAUGUCAUAGGCAUUACCGGCAGCUUCAUCUUCUUUGGUAUCCUCGACAUACUAGCAGUGCCAGCACUUGCAUUGCUGUUCAUAAUACUAGCAGGCAAGUGGGAUUAUCACCAUUUGCAUCUAGCUUUCAGCGAGCACCGCUAUGCCCCGGAAGAUCAUGGCACUGCCUUGCCAAAAGGAAGCGAGACCGCAAGUCCCACUGGCAAUAGCUCCACUGCCUAA